AUGUCCUCCCAAGACGCCAAAGACAAAGAAAUCGCCCGUCUCAAGACCGAGCUCGCGAAAGCAACGGUCGCCGUCACUAUCUCGUCUCAAAUUGAUACCAUCAGGGAGCUGAUCCGCUUGCACCCCGAGGAUAUUCCGGAUAUCCAGGGGCGUGCCAAGGCGGCGGAAGAGGAGCGGCUACGUAUUGUGAAGGAUUCGUCGGUGAAGCAGGAGACGCCGGCUUCGCCGGAAUGA